UAAUGAAAUCUUCACUCAACACUGAACACAAACCAUCAGACGUCUAACUCAUCCUCGGCAUUUGGUUUCCAUUCCUCUUUCCUUGGAAUGAGUCACCCAGCCAGGUCUGAGGUUGAGAAGGCCCAGUGCACGGCUCCAGUCCACGUCCCACGGUUUAGACAAGCCGCCGUUUGCCGAACCAAGUAACCCCCGGACGAGAUGAAUGAAUUUGUUUGCCCGGAAAGGUGAGCUGCAGGAGCCACUCAAUAAUUCAGCGUUUGUAACAGACGGUGCAUCAGUGGGUGAACACGCGCAGCUACGGCUGAUUGAGUGAGUCCCUGCCAAAACAAAAAAGCUGAACCCCAUCAUUCAUAUCGUAAUGGGAUCUGUGGAAACUCUGCGGCCUGUUGUCUCCGCUGUCUCACCUGUGAGAAAGAAUUGGCACUGGGAUGCAGAACUAAGAAUAUCUGACCUUGGGUUAUGUGCCACUGUUGAUGUUUGACUUCACAAACGGCUUCUGGACGUUAAAUCUACUUUUUAAACAGCCACAAAAAGUGCUCUCCUAGUCAUCCAUUAUGGAUGGGUGCUUAACGGAGGACGCCAAUUUGACUUCAAGGCUUAUUAAACGUACACCCGAUAAUGGCUGUUAUGAAAGGACGCGGUGGCUAUCGCACGAUAGGAGCCCUGGCUCACCUGUCAGGGGGACCCAGGCAUUGUUGGAAGUGUUUGCGGAACACAAGAGCCCUCAGCAUAUCGAACCCUGUUGAGUCUGUCAGCAGAUAAAAACAUUUGAACUGAGUAAAAAAUAUAUGGCUGGGGGGUUGGUAUGCAGAGGUUUCUGAUGAUAGAUAUGUCUUCAGAUCAUAUGACUGGGGGGGAUAAGAAGAAAAAGACUAAUGCACUUAUAAUCAUUUUGAUUUUAUUCGGGCAUACUGGCAUAUCUCCAGCCCGAGUUAUUACCAUAUCUAAUUGCAGAGGGAACCCUCCUACCCUUCAACCACUUUUUAUUGCUGCAAUUGACCUACGCUCUCCCACCUGCAAUAAGGAGGAGAGCAAAGCCUGCACACACCCUGAAAGUGUAUGUGCACACACACACACAUGCAUCCAAAAACUGUCUCGCCCAGAGCCAUAUCUCAUUACCAUCCUCCUGAUAGUGCAGCCAGUGGGUGUUGCAAGAGGAGGAGGGAAAGAGAGCAAGAGAGAGAGAGAGAGAGAGAGAGAAAGGAGGAGGAGGAGGACAGGCAGAGAACCAGAGCGAGCGUUAGAGAGAGGGACAACACUCAGCAACACAAAAGGAGAUCCGCAUGGGAACAGCCGCUCACUGGAAAAGAAGAGGCACAGGAGAUAUAGAGGCAGACUAGAGGAGCAGGUGUGCAAGACAUACGUGCCAGAGCCUGAGUAUCUGUAAGUGUGUGGGUGUGUGUGUGGGUGUGUGUGUUUGUGUGUGCGCACGUGUGUGUGCUCUCCCGAGGCCGUGGCAGCCAUGGCAUCAGAGGCCAGCGCCCAGUCCAGGGUGAUGUUCCAGGCUAAGGACAAAACAGAGGAGCCGGCUCACCGCAAGCUGGGCAAGCUGACGGUCAAGUACAACCGCAAGGACCUGCAGAGGCGGCUGGAUAUUGAGGAGUGGAUCGACGGACAGCUGCACCUGCUGUUUGACUGCGAGGAGGAGGAGAUCCCGGAGUUAGAGAUCGACAUAGAUGAGCUCCUGGAGCUGACAGAUGAAGGCCAGAGAACCCGGCUGCAGGAGCUGUUGCAGGAAUGCGGGAAGCCAAAAGAGGAAUUUAUCAACGGCCUGCUCUACAGGAUAAAGGGUCUACGUAAAAUGUCAGGUCCCUUGAAGAAAUAAUUUUAGGUCAAAUAAAUGAUAGAGACAGUGCGGGGCUUCUUUAGCUUCCCAUCGACCGAGGAGGUUAACUGUUGGGACGCCAGUACUUGCAGUUCACAUUGUGGGAACUCUUCCCGGGUCGGUAUCAGUCUGACACAAGAGCAGCUGGGUUUU